AUGUCAUGGGAAGCCUUCACCCAGGCGGAGGACUCAAUUGUUGCUGAAGACGCAUCGCAGGACUUCCGAGACGAUGCGUCAGACGGAGGAUACGCAAGCGAAGGGUUCAGCUCUGGCAGUACUUCUGCAGAAUCGUCCGUCCGGGAUUACAUGUAUGAAAAUGGUCGCCGCUACCAUCGCUUCCGCGAGGGAGCCUACAACUUCCCCAAUGAUGACGUGGAACAGGAAAGAGAAGAUAUGAAGCAUGCCAUGGUAAAGCUUCUCUGUGGCCAGAAGCUGUUCUUUGCCCCGAUUGGAGAUAACCCACAGCAGAUUUUGGAUAUUGGCACUGGAACCGGAAUUUGGGUCAUUGAAAUGGGCGAUCAAUUUCCAAGUGCCAGCGUUCUUGGAAUAGAUCUUUCCCCAAUCCAGCCUGAUUGGCUACCGCCCAACGUUAGAUUUAUUGUCGAUGAUGCCGAGUCUCCUUGGCUUUACCCUCGGAAUCACUUCGACUACAUUCACUCCCGACACACGGUCAUGGCUUUGAAGGACUGGAUGCGACUCUUCCGUCGAGCAUUGGAGCAUCUCAAACCUGGAGGCUGGAUAGAAUUGCAAGAAAUUCACCAUUCACCCCGAAGUGCCAAUGCUGAGCAAGACUUGCCGGAAACCCACCAAGUCGCGCAAUUCUGGUCUCACGUUAGUGCUGGGCUGGGAAAGCUUGGCGUGGAUCUCAACAUUUCUUCAGGCGGCCAGCUGACCAAGAUGCUGCAAGAAGCAGGCUACGUGAAUGUGACGGAGCGCGUUUUCCACGUGCCAAUCGAUGGCUUGCAAGCAAUCGCUCUUGGACCAAUGAUGCGCGGAUUGAACUGGAAUCGUGAAGAGGUAGAGGUUUUUCUGGCCGGUGUUAGGACAGCCUACCACGACAACGCCGCACUCAUGUACAUGCCUCUUCACAUCAUAUAUGCACAGAAGCCAGAUAAUAUGGGAUGA